AUGGAUGCGACGAUCGGCGAUGCCAGGUCAGCGACGUCGGUGGAGGCAGUGUUCGACAAGCAGCCAUUGCCAGGGUUCAGGGAUGUGGUGACGCCGCGGUCCAUGGCCGUCUCGGUGGUGCUCAGCGUCGUCGUCUGCUUCGUCGGCAUGAGGAUCCAGAUGACGGCCGGGAUCGUGCCGGCGCUCAACAUGCCCGCGAGCAUCCUCAGCUUCUUCCUCCUCAAGUGGCUCGUCAGGCUGCUGCAGAGCUGCGGCUUCGCCGUGCUGCCCUUCACACGCCAGGAGAACAUGUUCCUCCUCACUUGCGUCAUCACCUGCCUUAACCUGACCCUCACAAGUGGUUUUGCAACCAAUAUCGUUGGAAUGACUUCUACGGUGGCCAGAUCACUUACUGAUGAUCCAGAUCCAAGAGAUACUAUUGACCAUGUACCAACUGGAAAAUGGAUAGUAUACCUAUUCCUUAUUGGUAUGACAGGAGUUUUAUCGAAUGUGCCAUUUAAUCAGGUCAUGAUUAUCGACUACAAAUUACUAUUCCCAACUGGAACAGUUAUAGCUCAGCUUAUUAAUAGCUUGCAUACUCCGGAAGGAGCUUACAUAGCAAAAAUGCAGGUUGCGACUAUUUUCAAAGUAUUUUUUGGUAGUUUUUCUUGGUCUAUGUUCCAAUGGUUCUAUACUGCAGGCGACGAUUGUGGAUUUCAACACUUCCCAACAUUUGGACUAGGAUUAUACAAACACAGGUUCUACUUUGAUUUCUCUGCGACAUAUAUUGGUCUUGGAAUGAUUUGCCCACAUAUAGUAAAUUUUGGAUUACUUUUCGGGGCCAUCAUCUCUUGGGGAUUUCUAUAUCCUUUCCUUGAAACUAAACGUGGGCAAUGGUAUCAAACUGACAGCCCUACAAGUUUGAAUGGACUAAAUGGAUAUAAGGUGUUCAUCAGUGUGACACUGAUCAUUACAGACGGGAUGAUAAAUUUUCUAACACUCAUUACUACAGCUUCAAUUAACUUCUACCAAUUAAGCAAAGAGCAUGAUUCAGGACUAUCCAACUAUAUCAAGAAACACCCAAGCCUCAAUUAUGAUGAUCGCAAGAGGAUUGAGGUGUUCUUGGCCAACCGGAUCCCGGUCUCUGUCCCAGUGGCAGCCUAUAUUACUUGUGCAGCCAUCAGCACGAUUGCAAUCCCAGCCAUGUUCAGCCAGAUCAAAUUCUACCAUGUCAUCGUGCUCUACAUGGCCAUCCCAGUCGUGAGCUUCUGCAACACCUAUGCGACAGGGCUAACCGACUGGUCAGUGGCACCGACCUACGCCAAAUUCACAACCUUUGUCUUCGCGGCAUGGAUCGCCAAGCCUGGAGCAGUCGUGGCCAGCCUGCUAGCUAGCGGGGUGAUCAUGGCGGCGCUCCACAUCUCAUCGCAGGCGAUGCAGGACCUCAAGUCAGGCCACAUGACACUGACGUCACCACGUGCAAUGGUCACCGGACAGCUCUUCGGUGUGGCCAUCGGCUCCAUUGUCAGCCCAUGCAUCUUCUUUGCCUUCCAGUCCACAGCGAAGCCUGACGCACCGGUGGGUUCAAAGCAGUCCAACUACCCAUGCCCCUUCGCGAGUCUGUACCGCGCCAUUGGGGUGAUCGGCACUGGAGGGGUGAAGGAGUUGCCGAGGCACUGUGUGGAGUUCUGUGUCAUCGCCUUCUGUGUGACGGUCAUCAUUGAUGCCAUUGUGCUGGUCUCACAAAAGAGGGGGUUGAGGGUCCACAGGUACAUCCCCAGCAUGACAGUAAUUGCACUGCCAUUCUUUGCCGGCUCCUACUUCACCAUCGACAUGUGCGUGGGGAGCCUGCUGCUGCUUAUCUGGACAAGAAUCAAUGCCAAAAAAGCAGAGAUGCUGUCAUCGGCCGUUGCGGCAGGCUUGAUAUGUGGAGAAGGGUUGUUCACACUGCCGUCAGCAUUACUCAACAUGUUCAAGGUGCAGCCACCAAUGUGUAUGAAGUUCCUAUCGGGUGGCCAAGAGGUUGUGGCAGUGAACUCAUUCUUGAACAAUUUGGGAAAACCCAGAACAUGAUGAGCAAUGCACUAAGGAUUUACUUUCCGAAAGUGGUCUAUGAUCAUUGUAAAUGAUGCAUAUAUUUUAUACAUAUCAUGUAACUUAAGUUGGCAUGUUAGAAAGCUUGGUGACAAUACAGUUAAAUGCCACAGCGUAAAGUUCUAGAAGAGCAUUACAUUCCGUAAAAGUUCACUAUCAUCUAAGAGGCACAAAAUUUCAAGAGGCAGUGGUAUACAGAUCAAGACUUUCUCGAUAUUUUUGUUAUAGAAGCGGGAUGCAUGCGAACAAGCUAGCUUCCAUUUUCUUAACAAGGCAUUCUCAUGUAUUAAGGUACUCUCUCUAUUUCACUGAUCCAGAUUCAUAUAAAUACUAAUGAGUCUAGACAUACAUACAAACCAUAUACACCGAUCAAUGGAUGAA